GUGCUCCGUGCGGGAUGCUGAAUUGUAGGUGAUGAUGGCGGAAGGGGAGCAGCGCUGAGUUUCCUCUGAGUUUUUAGCACAGCUGUAGAACCGUCCACCACAUCGUUUCUCUGCGUCGACACCUAUCCCGAGGCGAUGGGGAACGAGGCCAGUAUGGAAGGGGAGGGACAGGCGGGACAGGCCGGCGCCGCCGUCCCUGCAGCGGGGGCUCCGGCUUCCAUUUCAGCACCACCGGACGCUGGACAGCUCAUCAAGCCUAGCAAUGGAGCGCCGGCCGGAGGAAGCGGCGCUGGACCCGGGCCGGGGAUUAACAGAGCGCCUCCUCCGGACCAGGGUCCUAAAGCAGGAGUCCAGAGUGGCCAUGGGACGGGAGACAGGCUGGCCUCCCAUGAUACCCCUCAGCACGCUGCGCCCCAAGGAGAGCACGGCCAGGGUCACGUGUCCAGGAAGAGCCUGCAGGUGGAUGUGGGCGGCGGCAGGACGGGGAGGUCCCCCUCCGUUUCCCCGGACCGAGGCAGUGUUCCCACCUCCCCCUACUCCGUGCCUCAAAUCGCACCCAUGCCCAGCAGCAAACUGUGCCCCGUCUGCAAAACCACCGACCUGAUGGGCACCGGGGACGUCAACACCUGCACGCAGUGCCGCUCCAUGGUGUGCAACCAGUGUGGCUUCAACCCCAACCCCCACCUCACAGAGGUACAGGAGUGGCUGUGUCUGAACUGUCAGAUGCAGAGGGCACUGGGAAUGGACAUGACCACACCCCGCUCCAAGAGUCAGCAACAGAUCCACUCCCCUUCUCAUGCAACCAAGCCAGAGCUAAAGGCUGAUGCUCCAGCUCAGCCCCCGCCCCAGACACAGACCCCUCCUCACACUCAGCCUCAGCCUCAGCCUCAGCCGCAGGCCCGGCCAGCGCCAGGUCCUGCAAAACAGACUGGUCCAGCUGGCCCAGGUCAGCACCAACCCAAGCUUCCCCCAGGAGCGGUCCCUCUCCCUGGCAUGGCCAAGGCGCCGUCCCAGCCUGACCUGUCCCGCAGCUUGCCCGCUCACCACCCCCAGCCCCCGCGCCAGGACCACACUCGCAGCGCGGGCAGCUCCCCGUCCCGACAGCCGCCGCCUCCAGAGCAGACUUUUGGGAAGCUGUUUGGCUUCGGUGCCUCCCUCCUCAACCAAGCCAGCACGCUCAUAUCGGAGACCACUCAACCCCAACAGCAGCCCCCCAAACCAGGAGGGCCCCCUGGCGCAGGGCCCGGGGUGGGCAAACCCCCAGGCCCUCACCCUGCACAGCAAGGACCCCGGGCCCCUGCUCAGCAGCAGCACCAACAGGCCGCCCCAGUCGCCGCUAAGCCCAGAGCCUGCUGUCCACUCUGUAAGACAGGCCUCAACAUCGGCAGCACAGCGGAGCAGCCCAACUACAACACCUGCACUCAGUGCCAUUCCCAGGUGUGCAACAUGUGUGGCUUCAACCCCACUCCGCACCUUGUCGAGAAGAAAGAAUGGCUGUGCUUGAACUGCCAGACACAAAGGGCUCUGUCUGGAAGCCUGGGAGAUAUUCCAGGUCCCGUUCCACAGCCUGUGGGAUCCCCCCGGCCAACUUCUACAGCCAACCAACAACCACCCCAGCAGAAAGGGCCAAAUCAACUUUCAGGGCCCAGGGCUACAGGUCCUCAGCAGCAACAGAAACCAUCGGGUCCCCAAGUAAGUGGGCCUCUCUCCCCUGUGAAGCAGGCUGGGCCUGCCCCUCAAACCAAGGGGCCUAGUCAGACCACCUCUCAAACCAAGGGUUCCUCCCAAACAAUUCCUCAAACCAAGGGUUCAGCUCUGCCACCUUCUCAACCUAAGGGUCCAACACAACCCCAAGCUCAGAGUAAGGGACCACAAAUGAAAGGUCCUAAUCAAUCACAUAACCAGAGUAAGGGUCCUGUUCAGGCUGCUAAUCAAGUAAAGGGUCCAAGCCAGACCAAAGGGCCAACACAGACAAAGGGAUCUGUUCAGCCUACUGCUCAGAGUAAAGGCCCUUCUCAUCCUCCUGGUGGCAAGGCUUCAUCCACCCCUGGUAAAGUCACAUCUAACCAUACCAAGGCUCCCACUCCUUCAAAAACAACACCUACACAGUCUAAACCCACAGGUAACAAUCAGGUCCGCAAACAGCCACAGAGCCAGGAGAAGACUAAAGUGGCAUCUAAGUCUGUAAAAGAAGACACCAAAGUCUCUCCAAAGAAGGCACAGACAGAGACUGUCACUUCUCCAAAAGAUAUGAAGAUAGCUGAAGAUGCACAGAAGUCAAGACACCAUGAAGAUUACAACAAAUCUAGUACACAGAGUUUAAGUGACACUGGAUACUCUUCAGAUGGAAUCUCCAGCUCUCAAGGGGAAAUUACAGGCCAAAUCCGGGAAGAAGGAAUCAAACUUAGUGAAAGAGGUGCCUCCAUCCCUUCAGAAAUAACCAAGCUAGAGACCUCUAUGAAGCCUUUGCUAGACUUAAAUCCUGCCUCAGACCAGAAGCAUAGACCUCAUUCACUGUCAGUUGGACAGGGCCGAGAUUACAGUCCUGAUGAUGAUGCAGCAAGGGAUGAAUCAGAGGACGACCUUAGCUGUAAGCUUCGUCACGAUUAUGUGGAAGACAGCAGUGAAAGUGGUCUCUCACCAUUGCCCAUAAGACAGAAGAAGUCACAUAAAGAAGUAACAGAUGAAGAGUUCAUGAGAAGGCAAAUUAUGGAGAUGAGUGCUGAUGAAGAGGAGAUGGAGGAAUAUGGAGGCCAAAAAACUAAAAAACAUAGAACCAGUGGGGAUUUAAACAAAGAGAGACGACGAUUGGCCCAGCAUUCUAACAGUUUUGAGGAUGACACCAAGGUGUCAGAAGGAGCAUAUAAGGCAAAUGAAGAGGAUGAUGUUAUGAUGGCCGGAGGCCUUCGGCGCUUUAAAACUAUUGAGCUAAAUAACACCAACAGCUACAACCGAGAAAUGGAGCUUAGUACUGAGCAUGACCUACGAGAACCAGAGCUAGAGAUGGAGAGUCUGACUGGUUCUCCAGAGGAGCGGUCAAAGGGAGAAUAUUCAUCUACUCUACCAGCCACCACUCCCAGCUACACCUCUGGAACAUCUCCCACAUCUGUGUCAUCCAUGGAGGACGACAGUGACAGCAGCCCCAGUCGUCGGGCAAGACUAGAGGAAGCAAAGCAGCAGCGAAAAGCUCGACAUCGUUCUCACGGGCCACUACUGCCCACCAUUGAGGACUCUUCUGAGGAGGAUGAGCUCAGAGAAGAGGAAGAACUACUUAGAGAGCAGGAACAGAUGAGAGAUCUCGAACAACAGAGGAUCCGAAGUACUGCUCGGAAAACAAAGCGGGAUAAAGAGGAGCUGCGGGCACAGAGACGCAGGGAAAGAUCCAAAACUCCACCCAGCAAUCUUUCUCCCAUCGAGGAUGCAUCACCAACGGAGGAACUGAGACAGGCUGCAGAGAUGGAGGAGCUUCAUAGAUCAUCAUGUUCUGAAUAUUCCCCUUCUAUGGACUCAGAGGCAGAGGGUUUUGAGGUGAUUGGGGGAAAGCUAUACAAAUCAGGAAAUGAAUAUAACCUUCCCACUUUUACAUCACUUUACUCCCCUACAGAAAAAAACUCAGUAAUGUCACCAUCUGACAAAACACUCAAAAGUGCAGAGGAGGUGUAUGAGGAGAUGAUGAAGAAAGCACAGCUAAUGCAGAGGCAAGGACAAAUGGUUGACCAUCAGAAAAGUGCCUCUCAGUUUGAUGGUAAACAUAGUCUAGAAGCAGGAGCUGUCUUGACCCCUGGUUCAAGCCCAACACAGCUUACUGCUCCUAUGUCCUUUUCUUCAACAGGGAGUGAUCCUAGAAUCCCAGGAAUGCAUGCUGCACAGCAUUUAUCAAAAGAAACACAAAAUAGGAUGAUGACACAGAGUGCCAAAAUUGAAGGGGUUGUUGGAGUUGCCACAACCAAAGCCCAAGUCACUCAGACAACUCGACAAGCAGGUAGCACAGCUGCUACAGGCAGCAGAGCAGGCAGUCAGAGACAAACACAGGCACCCCCUGACCCUGGAGCAUCCUCCUUAACCUCCAAAGUAUUUUCCCUUUUCAAAGGUCCCAGCCCUCCUGUCUCCCCGCCCACCUCCCCAGCUCAAAGCCCAACACAUGGGCAGUCUGUGCGAACCACUGGCAGUAGUGGCAGGCAACUGCCAUCCUUGCCUGGUGGACCUACAUCCCAUGGAGCACCGACACAUCAAAGAGCAAUGUCACCGCGUCUUGCACGCCAACAGUCCUCUCAAGAGUCCCCAGUCAUGGUGAUAACUCUAGGCUCUGAAACAACUAGUCCUUGUAAGCCACUGACUGUGAAUUCUUCUACUUCCCCGUUGUCUUCUCCGACGCAAGGUGGUUGUAAAACACUAUAUAGCUCCCAGCCCCCUUCCACAAGUUCCCCAACGUCCCCACAAAGGCAUCCAGGAAGGCAGUCUCCUAUGCAUUCUUCACAGAUGGCUCACACUUUUGAAAAAGUAAAUGUUGGAAUUAGCACAGUUAUCACAACUACACAUAGUCGUGGAUCUACAGAAAAUAUUUCACUAUGUAAAAUCUCAAAUAUAUCUGGUACCUCAAAGGUUGUGUGUCAGGGCCAACCACACACUGGCACCAAUGUGGUAGACCUGAGAGCACCAAUGAGGACUGCCCCAAUUAUAAUGACAGACCAGGGGAUGGACCUAACAUCUCUUGCCUCUGACACAAGAAGAUAUUCCUUAGGAACAGAGCAGCCAGCUGGUCGACACACAGCAGUCCAGCCUCUUAUUAUGAACCUGAAUGCACAAGAGCAGCCCCAUGUAUCUGUAUCUACACCAACCACAGUUAGUGUGACAGUUGCAGGUGCUGUGUUCAUGUCCCAACCCAAGCAACCAGUCAUUUAUGGAGAUCCUUUGCAAAACCGUGUGGAUCUUGGUCAGGGUGUUGGAUCAGCUGUUUGUUUAACCCAGGCUAAACCACCAGUGACUGAUCCAUCAAUACCUAAAAUUGAUGCCUGCCUGGAGAACCUGGGGAUUCAGCAGCAACAGCUGCAGUUACAGCAGCAAAAGCUUCUGCAACAGCAGCAGCUUCUUGAGCAGCAGCUCCAGCAACACCAGCAGCAAUCUUCUUUUGCUCGUUACAAUUUAGCUAAUCAGGUCCAGCCACUGUUGAUCAAAAAAGAUCAAGUAGUAAGCCAGUCAAGCAGUGCCCAACCUGUAGCAUCGGCUAGUGCCAUACCUAGAGUAUCCCCCAUGGCUCCACCAUCGGUGUCUGCGGCUGCUGUUUCUAAUGCUCCCCAUGAAAUCUAUGGUGGAAUAGCUUUAGAGCUUAAAAACAAACCAACAGUGGUGAAUUUGUCAACCGGUAAACCCCAUGUUAUGAUGGUGCAACUUGACGAUAGUAACACUUCACAAGGAGGGACGGUGACUCAAAUAGUGAAGCAAGAGGAACCUCCCCCUCCUCCCAAGGUCUUGGAUCUUACUGGUCAGAUCAAACCAGAAAACCAGGUGGCUUGUUGUGAUGUUGUUUACAAAUUGCCCUUUGCUGGUUCCUGUUCAGGGUCAUUUACUCAGAAGACUACAACAGCAUCCUCGGAUAAAAACCCCACCACAGAGACCUCUCAAGCUGCCCUGCAUGUGCAUCCACCACACUACCACGUCAACCCACAUCAACACCAACCUCAAGCACCACAAGGAGUGACAGAGGAACAUAAAACAUAUCAGCCACCCACAGUCCCUACUGGAAGAAUACAGCCCUCAAUGUCGGAUACUAAUCUGCCAUCAAUGACGGAUGCUGGUCACUAUCAAAGUAAUGUCCUCCAGGGAGGUCCGGCUAUAGACCUAAGUACCAUGAACCAGGGUUAUGACAGUGCAUACCUUGGCAUGGGAGCACAGUAUGGUUCUUACACAGACUUGCGUCAUCAAGGAGAUAUUGCAGGUCCUUCAUUACCCCUUCGGCGAUAUGGCUCCAUGUCAAAUAUAAAUUCUGAUUAUCCCUACACUUCACGUGACCUAACCGUAUCGCAGGACUCUAAUCUGGCUCAGUACAGUGCAACCACUGCCAGGGAGAUAAGUCGCAUGUGCGCGGCUCUGAACACAGUGGACCAGUUUGGGAGCCGGUAUGGAAAUAACCCUGAAGUGGUACCAUAUGGAGCUGGAAGGGGUGGGUCUUUAGGUAGGCUUAAUCUCCAGCAAAGCUUAGCAUCUAUAAGAGCAAACCUACUGUAUGGCCCAGAUGGAAGGCCAACAGCAAAUGGCCAAACCCUUACAAACCUAAUAAAUGCCAGACAAGCAAGUAUACGCGCCUUGUACCCUGCUGCUAUGAGAGGAGGGGAUGGGAUGAUAUACUCCACAAUUAAUACUCCCAUAGCCUCUACCUUGCCAAUUACCACUCAGCCUGCCUCUGUCUUGCGUCCCAUGCCUAGAGGAAUUUACAGACCCUAUCCAACAGGUGUAACUGCUGUACCAUUGGCUAGUCUUACCAGGUUGCCUCACAUGACUCCCAGAAUGCCUCUGUCCUCACAGAGUCCAUAUUCCUACCCUUCACCAAAUCAGUAUCCUACUUUAACCACACCGUCGGGAAGUACACCUGCUGCAACCAGCUCAGACCAGGAAAGUCCAAUGUACCUUGGAAAGCCUAUAACAACAGUGCAACCUGUGCAAACCACUACAACCAUUACACCAACCCAACCUUCAGCCCAUCUAGGAGCCCAAAAUGUUACAGCACCUGGCAUGCAAACCACUGCAGAUCAGCAGAUGGACCGAGUCACAUCUCUUUCUCAAGCUCAAGGCCAAAUUUCCACUGUCCAGCAGAAACAGGCUCAAAUGCAGCCCCAACAGUUUCCUGCGCAAACUGAACCUUUAUCUUUGACUCAAACUCAAGCUCUAGUUCAACCUAUCAGUCAAACUCAACCAGCAGUUCUGCCACAAAGUCAGCCGCAAGGUACUGUCCCAACCACAAGUUCCACAGAUACACCAAAAACUAAAGAAGAUGAGAGACUGAGUCAGCAACAAGAACACAUGUUGCAGCUAGAACGAGAACGAGUUGAAUUAGAGAAACUACGCCAGCUGCGUCUGCACGAAGAGCUUGAAAGGGAUCGCAUGGAGCUUCAGCGACACAGAGAGAAAGAGCAACUCCUUGUUCAGCGUGAGAUUCAAGAAUUGCAAACCAUCAAACAGCAAGUCUUACAGCAACAACAAGCAGAGCGGGAGACACAGCUUAUUAUGCAAAGAGAACAACUGGCCCAACAGAGAAUGCAACUUGAACAAAUUCAGUCUCUGCAGCAGCAACUUCAGCAGCAAUUGGAGGAACAGAAAAGGCAAAAGACAGCAGCAGUAGAAGCAGCAGCUGCUGCUGCUGCAGCGGAGGCAGCUGCUGCAUCAGCGGCAGCAGCAGCAGCAGCAACGUCUGCCCAAGGUGCAAUGCAAGGGGUGGUGGUUGGAGGAGGACCCCCUCAAGGGUUUAUUAUCUGUGACCAGAGUGGGAGAGUUAUACAGCAGGAUGGACAAAGUGUUCAAUUUUGGCAGGAUGGACAAGUGGUCCAAGCUGUAGUGGCUGCUCGACCUAUUCAUAGUUCUGUCUCAGAAAUGUCACUGAGAAGCAGCGACAAACAGACUGAUCCUAAAAUUAUGAAAAAGCAGAAUUCUAUGCCUCGCCUAAGGGAUGGCUCCGAGGAGGACUCUGUGAAGAGGAUUACAGACAGCUGUGUGCAAACAGAUGAUGAAGACGGUGAGGAAAGAUACAUUAACAGGCGCAGGAGAACAAGGCGUAUUGCAGACUGUAGUGUGCAGACUGAUGAGGAAGACCAGGGAGAAUGGGACCAGCAGCCAGUAAGGCGCCGGCGAUCACGUGUUUCCAAGCACUCAGAACCCAGUGGUGAAGCUAAAUCAGAAGGGUCGUCUAAAGUGGCUUCUGCAAGUAUAGCUAUUCAGACCACAAACGAUUCAUCAUGCCAGACAGAGUCUGACCAGCUUGGUAGGGUGUCACCUGCAAUCCACAUUACUAUGGCAGAGACCUCAAAGGUUGACCUUUUACAUUACAUUGCAGCUCCUGAAAGAACCCACAAGGGAGAGAGUCUGGCCUGUCAGACAGAACCAGAGUGUCAUUCUCAGGGUGUUGUUGCCCCCCAACUGAGUGUCCCUACAACUAUCAGUCCAUACUCCACAAGUCUGCAUAUAGUGGGUGCAUCUGAUCCAACAUGUCCUAGACUCCAAGGGGUUGCUAAGUUUGAGAGAAGGAAACCAGACCCUCUGGAAAUAGGAUAUCAACAGCAACAAAAUGACUCCCCGUCUCGUCAGCCCCCCAAAUCUCCCCAGGUCUUGUACUCCCCUGUAUCCCCUUUGUCGCCUCAUCGCAUGCUGGAGACAACGUUUGCCUCUCAGGAGAAACUGAACAAAGCCCACGUAACACCACAGCAGAAGGCAUUUACUGCUGAAUCACCGCAGCGCCAUCAGACCCUACCAAGACCCAUAAAAAGUGUGCAGCGCUCCAUGUCGGAUCCCAAACCUCUCAGCCCCACAUCAGAGGACCCUGCCAAGAGCAGGUUCUCCCCAUACAGUCAGCAAGGUGUCUCCAGCAGUCAGCAGAUGGCCUCCCUGCAGCAGCAACAGAACUCUCUGAUGAGGAAAAUAAAGAGGACUCUCCCCAGCCCCCCUCCAGACGAAACGCCGCUCCCCAUUGUGACUCCAGCACAAAUGUACAGUUCUUCAGGCAUGCCACAGAGAGUCCUACCCAGACCUGCCCAGGGAGUCACCAAGGCUGGCCUCCUGAGUGAACUGAAAGCUGUAGAACAAGAAUCGUCAAAGCUUCGUAAGCAACAGGCUGAACUGGAGGAGGAGGAGAAAGAGAUUGAUGCCAAGCUGCGUUACUUGGAGCUAGGCAUCACCCAGCGCAAAGAGACCAUGGUGAAGGAGAGAGAGAGGCGAGAGCUGGCUUACCUGAGAUGUAUGGGUGAUGCUCGGGACUACAUGUCAGACAGUGAGCUUAACAACCUCAGAAUGGCAGCUGCAACAGGAACAUUUGAUGCUAAUGGUCUGUUGACAAGGCCCAGCACUGCACCGCUGAGUCAGUUUACAAAUGACCUCAAUGCAACCUCUCAGUAUCCCUCCACCUCAUCCUACAUGACUUAUCCAUAUCCUCAGAGCCAGUCAUCAACACAGCAGCCUGGCUCCGCCUACCAACAGAUAGGUUUCCAACCCCCUCAGUACCCAUCAUCUUCUGCACCUCAGCCAGGAACCUUCCAGCCUCAUCCCCCACCAGGUCCUGGAUAUCAGAACCAGGGAACUUAUUCAUCAUGUAUGUAUGCCCAGCCCUACCAGGCAGACCUCAGCAUGCAGCAGCAUGGUCACCAAGGCUUUCAUCAGCCAGGUCAACCAGUGCCAGCCCAAAACCUCCCCUACCCAAGCCACAGCACAUAUCAACCUGGCCUGCCCUACCCGCCCCAGGCAGAAAUCCUUACAGUCCAUCAAAGGCCAAGACAAACGUCAUUGGCUGACCUUGAACAAAAGUUCCCGACCAACUAUGAGGUCAUUAGCAACCCAGCAGUGUCAGUGGCCACAUCAGCUCCGGAUACCAAUUUUGGCUCAGUCUAUAACAAUGCUUAUGGACAAUACCGCACCCCUGAGCCGGGCCUGACUCAUGGUGGUGGGGUGGAUAGCCCCACCUCGGCUUAUGCUUCAGAUGGUCUCUACACUUCUAACCUGGAGCAGAAUAUUCCAAGGAACUAUGUCAUGAUUGAUGACAUCAGUGAGUUGACGAAGGACAACACAAGCCAACCCACUGAUGCUCUAGGACAUCCUGUUGGGGGACGCUAUCGGAGUGAGAAUGGCCCGACACGUGGCAGUGGCUAUGGUAGGCCUGAAGAUGAGGUCGUAGAUGCUUAUGGCAGACAUACAGGCACAACAGGUUACCAAAGCACAGGGGACAAUCGCACCAGCACUACAGUGAGUGGAAGCUCUUCUUAUUACUAUGAUGAUUAUAAACAUACACCGCGUGGCAGUCCUGGUAGCCAUAAAGUCACACCCAAGAAUCUUGCCCCAGCAGUGGUUUCUUCUAAACGUAGUAAGCAUAGAAAGCAGGGGAUGGAGCAGAAGAUUUCAAAAUUUUCCCCUAUUGAAGAAGCACGGGAUGUGGAGUCUGACCUUGCCUCUUACACAAUGACAACAUCAACGGGAGGCAGCUGUACAGUUGUGUCCAGAUCCAAGAAGCUUCAGGAUGACGUCGGCUACGGGAUGAAGAAGAAUGCAUACGACCAGCAGAAAUAUUAUGGCACCAGUCGUGAGGGUCUUGAGGAGGAAGAACGAAUGUACAGCUCUGGAAGGUCCAGGUCGACAGGAUACGGAAUGGACAAGAUUUCUUCUAGAGAUUCCACAGGCCACAGAAGUAAAUCCUAUGAGAGGGAUGCUAUGGAGCGCUCCCAGAGACGAAGCGGAAGGCCUCCAAUGCGCAACCAGAAUUCAGAAGAAGAAAGUCCACUUAGUCCUGUGGGCAAGCCUGUAGGCAUGGGAAGACCCACCGGCAUACCAGAGGCCCACGAUGUGAGAAACCAGUAUGGAUCCAGCCAUUCUCUGCCAGAUGUGCAGGAUCACCACAAGAAGGACUUGCCCAGGAGUCAUGUCUUUAAACCAGAUGAUCCCUAUCUUGUAGAUGACAUGCACUGUGCUGUCUCUGACAGUGAAGCCUAUCAUUUGGGCCAAGAGGAGACUGACUGGUUUGAGAAGCCAAGGGAAGCCCGCUCUGAUCGCUCAAGACAUCAUGGAAGUGGAGGUCACUCAUCCACAGGUAGGCGUAGUAAACACACCUAUCAUGAUUAUGAUGAACCUCCAGAAGAAUACUGCGCCCAGGAUGAGUACAACCAACGCCACCCUUCCUCAACAUCAACACGGGACCACCGUCAUCACAGCGGCAGCUCUGGCAGACACAGCUCUUCUCGCCACACUUCCGAAGAUUCAAGGUCUUCCCGUUCUUCUAGGACACACCCCAAAGAUCCAUCUGGUCGCUCUGAUGGCAGGAGCUCCUCAUCUACACAAAGGAGGAGUGUCCCAGACCCCCGUUCUGCACAAGGAAGUCCCAGGAACUCUGGAGAUUUCUCUCGUGACACUGGUCAUCAUCACAGUGGAACAGGGGGAAGAGGUCAGAGAACACAAGGAGAUCGCACAAGGAGGCAGGAUCCCGCCGAAGCAGGUUCUAAACCACAGCAUCAACAGCCGCAGCAGCAGCCCCCUCAGAGCCAAGCUGGGCAGCAACGUUUAGGUGGUCCGGGUCAAAGACACUCAAGCUCCGAACCGCUCGAUGGCACGCAGCAGGCUCAACAGCAGCACCAGCAGCAGCAGAGUGCACAACAGCAACAGCAACCACUGCAACACAGCCAAAACCUUCCGAGUGGCCAGCCCACAAGCACCACAGCAGGAGCUGGGCCAGCACAACAGCAGCCCAGGUCCGGCCAAACCCCACCACAGGGACGCCAGCCUGCUGCCGGUUCUGGGCAGCCAGCCACCACAGGGGCAAAGAUGGAUACGACACCUGCAGCAGGAGCCACAGGGGUGAAACCUACAACAGGAGUCCCACCAGCACCUCAGCCUUCUAAAAUAGCUACACCUCCUCUAACAGGCAUUGGCUCCAAGGCUGCACCAGUCGGCAUCGGUAGCAAACCUGGAGGGAUAGGCAGCGCUGCACCAGGACAGACACCUGCUGAAGGAGAAAAUGUUCUCACUAAAAUCCUGCAGGGAGGGGCGGCAGAGCAGGCGGGGAAGCUGGGAGAUGCUUUGUCCGGCCUUGGGAAAAAGUUCACUUCAUUCUGGUGAACUGAAGAGGAGGGAUACGCAGAGUUGAGCUGAGAUGGAUUGGUAGAUUUGUACUUGAAAAACCUAUGAAACUGCAUUAAAUAAAUGUCACAUUACAGAGAAAUACGAGGAGGAGAGAUCCUGAGCGCAUCAAGCUGGAAUCAAAGGAUGCCUUGUCAGCACUGAAUUCCCCAGACAUGAGCAUACGACUGAAGUGAAUUAAACAAGGGUGAUGGCUUUGUCAGCACGGUGUUAAAAGUCAUGAGCAGAGAAAUGAGGAGGCCUGAGUGUAAGUGGAUGCCUUGACAGAGCAACACUGCUAGAAUGAUGAUUGUGGGGACAUCGGAUGCUUCUCUGGACCAGUGGAGUACGAUAGCAGUGAAGCAGAGAGGAGGAGGGAGAAGGGACUCAAGUCCUGCAGAAAGCCUCCUGGGAGCUGUGUGACAGUAGACGGCCGCUAACGCAAACACCUGGGACAUCACGGGAGGAAUUCAGCGUGGUCGGCCAUGCGUGGCGAUGAAGGAAGUCUCACAGUGCCAUCUAUGGGAGUUGUGAUGGAAUACCAACAGUGUCUGAGGAACGCACGGCUGACGUGGGAUAUUUGAUUUUGCAUUGAUGUCUUCGGAGCCUUCUCGUGCAGAACAGAUUGUAAAAAAAUAUGAAGGCACAUUUUCAUAGGUUUUCCUUGUACCAGAAAUACCGAUCUUAUCAGUGACACCACAUAAGUGUAGGUGUCCUAAGGCAGUGACAACCAACCUGAUGACUCUCUGGUCUCUACAGUACAUUCCAGUAUAGGGAAAUCUGCCCUUUCUUUGAAUGUGUUUUUUUUGUCUUCUGUUUGUUAUGAUGUCUGGAGAAUGAACUGUGUAAAUGUGGAGCUGAGAAUGCACGUACAGUAGAACUAUCUGAAAAAAAAAAUCGUCAAAAAACCAAGUCCGUACUUCACCACCGAUGAGAUGCCACUAGUCACUAGUCGUAGGUUUUUAGCGAAGGGAAUACCAGUGUGCCCACAAGUGUGAGAGCUUCACACACGAGAGGACCAAACGAAAGCGUGGCCACGGCUCUUUGUUAGCCAUUGCAAAGCCAUCAUUACACUGAGUUUCAGAGCCUUCUGGGACUUUAUCCUUUUUACUGAUUUAUCUCAUCUUGUAGUUUCUUUUCAUUUUUGCCUGAUAUUCACUGAAUGGAAGAGCCUUAUUCAGUACGUUUUUACUUGCAUACCUCAUAUGUUUUAAAUUGUCCAUAUCACCAUGCAUUCCUUUUUACACAACUGUAUACUAUUGUAUGUACAUAAAAGAAAUCAGAGAUAUAAUUAUGUAAAUUUGUCAUUUGUGUAUUUUUGAAAUCACUUCCCUGUGACUUCCAUUUAUUUGUUUUUUUCUGUGUCCUUUGGUAAAAUAUUACUUUAUAUUUUCACUUUUUAUUUGUUUAAAUCUGUUUUCUUGCAUCAAAUGAUUUGCUUGUUGAUUUUAAAAGCAAUAGCAUGCAAAAACCGGUAAAUAGCACAAUGGUAUAAAUGUUGUUUCAACUAGUGAUGGGAAAUAUACAACACUUCUGUCGAUUAAUAGCCGUAAAACAAUUUGUCAGAGGGUUUACAACUGCUGUACCAUGUCCAGACGCGCAUGGUGAGUGCAGAUGUGCAGAGCAUGCAGACAGGCACCAACACAGACACACUCACAGUACAUGCUAUACAUAUUUACUUCUCCGAGCCAAGGUUAAUUGAGUUCUCCACAGAACAGACAUCCUGUUGAUUAAUGAGGUUACUGAUUCUUCACGAUGAUCUCACUAACAAGCUGGACUCACUGCCUCCAAUAGUGCAAACAGACACGCACCUACACAGACACAAGCUCACACACACACAUGCAACCAGAUAAAGGAGAGGAUGAAAGCAAUUAAUAAUUCAAAUGUUCUAUGCAAUGACUCAUUUUGAACCUGGAAGUGAUUCAGCCUAAAAUAGUUUAUUAUCACCAUUGUAUUCACAAGAAAACAACAAAACGAUGAACUAAAAUAGUAAAAAAAAAGGUCAAGGAAACGUUUAUACUUAGCAACUUGUCUGUAUGAAUUUGAAUAUUGAAUAUUGAACUAGAAUUGUUUUUAUUUUCGUGGCAUGUUUUGACUCCACACUCCCCCACACAGGGGACUUGUUGCCAAAGGGUAAACUGUGUAGACUGUCAGUUUUGAAUGUCCACCAUUAUGUUGCUUUGACGCAUGGGUUUGCUUGGCUUUGUCUGGCUGUUUGUAAGCCCUCAUUCAAUUUCUGUGCGUUUUUGGCUGAACUGGGCUCCUCGGUGUUGCUUGCAGUGGCUGUUCGUGCUGCUAUAAACCUGUGAUACAGAUGGUCAGCACUUGUCAUUAAUACGUGUCAAUGUACAUAUUGGGUGUCAGUAUAACUUGUGGGGUGAAUGGAAUGCUUCUAUGGGAUAUCUCAUUGUUGAUGAAACCACUCAGCAGCCAAGCCAUUGUAAAGGUGCAUGAUUAGAUCUUAUAUUCUUGGAAGUUGUACAUGAAUUAAAAAAAAGGUAAGGCAUGAUUUCACCAAGGUUUGUCUAAAGAACCUUGACUUUCACAGGCCAACGUAGAGAUUGGUAACGAGUGGGACGUUCAGUCAGUCAUUUACAAAUCAGGGCAUGUCAUUUUGAAAGCACAAGCCUGACUGGUAGCACUUCAGAGAAACACGGAGGUUAUGUAAAUGUGCCUCCACCUGAACAGUCACGACGUAUCGAUGCGGGAGACAGAGAUGCAUGAGACAAAGCAGCCUUCAGUGCAGCCAUUCAGAUUGACAGGAAGACACACGCAUUCUUACUGUAAAUACAAACUCUUUCUUUGUACAGCUUUUGAGUUUAAAGUAUGGCUGUCAUGUGCAUCCCCAUGCCGUAUUUGCUGCCAACUUUUGUGUAUAAAAAGAAUAUUUAUUUCCACAAUAAUGACGAUGAUGAGGAUGACAUUAAUGCUGAUGAUGAUUAUCAUUACUGCAUAAGCCUAGUGUACUGUAUGCGGCUGACUUGUGUUGACUGUUUACAACAGUGGAACUAAACUCGUAUUCAGCUACAUAUCCAGUCUGUGUAGAGUUGCUAUACAUAUUGUGUUUGUAAACAAGGUGAACAAACCUCCAUGGCAAUUGCAGUGUGGAAUGCCUUUGUCAGGUCAUCAGGGGGUCUUCUGUUGGAUGGAUUUGAUCGGAAAAUUGUUGAGGGUUGAAGGAAGUAGCCGAAAAAAAAUCCUUAACAGAAAUCUGGAAAAUGUCAUUCACUGUUGUAAGUGCAAUGGGCAAAACGUCAGUCGUGUAUCCAUUGUGAAACCUUGUGUUCUAUUCAGUGUAUUCCUGUAAACAGAUAGAGUAAAUUUUGGUGCAUCAUGUCAAGUAAUGUGAUUAAUGAAAAUAUUGAUCCUGCAAUUUCCAAACAGAGAAAAGAAUAAAAAGAAAAGUCAUAUGA